AUGAAGAAGGGCCACUUGGAGAUGAUAGAGCGGGUGUACAAUGACUUUCCCGCCUUCUCGGACAUCUUCACCGAGGAAACCUUCUAUAUUUUUGCAUUUUGCUUCGUCCUCUGCACCAUCCUCGUGGCCUUCAUCCUGUCGCGCUUCAUCACGCUGAAGCCAUUGGAAUGAAAAGAUGCAUUAUGCGAAACUCAGUGUAUUUUGAGCAGAAAAAGUGGCUCUCAUAUUAAACAGAAGGUUAAUGUAGCGAA